GCUGAACCUGCUGGCUGCAAAAUCCGCAUCACUGACAAAGGACUGGAGAUGUUGAAGUUUGAGACACAGAAGUUUGUUGAAGAGGAGCUCGGUAACAUCAGUAUGCCGGAGAUGAAAGGCACUGAAGGACACUUCCAAUACAGCAUCACUGAUGUGAAGAUAACAGAGUUGAAUCUGACUCACGCCAACCUGCAAUUCAUCCCUGAAGUGGGCUUGUUGUUCGAUGUUCAGAACUCAUCUAUUUCGCUGAGUUUCAACCGACAGAUCCUCUACUGGUUUUUUUAUGACACAGGAAACAUCAAUGCGUCGGCUGAAGGCGUGAACAUCAACACGGCUCUGAACUUGAUCAGAGAUGAUGAAGGACGGCUGAAGAUCAAUAACAUCACCUGUGAUGCCAGAAUCGCCAAAAUGAGGGCGAAGUUCAGUGGAACACUAGGGAGAGUGUAUGACUUCCUGUCCAGCUUUCUGACAACAGGCAUGCGGCUCCUCCUCAACCAGCAGAUUUGUCCAGUUCUGAAUCACGCUGCUCUGGUUCAUGUGAACUCGAUGUUGGAAACGAUCCCUGUGAGGACAGAGGUUGAUGAGUUUAUUGGGAUUGAUUAUUCUCUGAUCGAGGAUCCCGUGGUGACAUCCAGGAGCCUUGACAUGCAUUUCAGGGGGAUGUUUUUCGACCUUUCCCAUCAGAACCACACGUUGGUGAACUACGCCGUCGAUCCGCUCAUCAGAGAGUACGACAGGAUGGUUUAUCUUGCCCUGUCCGAGUUCUUCUUUGAUAGCGGGUUGUUCUCCAGAUGCACAUCGUCAAUGAGAAGGUCACAACCAGCACACACCCCGAUGCCCAAAGAUUUGGAAAUGUUGUUGAGAACCACCUACUUUGGAGCCAUCGUGAUGCUGAACCCGACCUUGGUGGACUCUCCGCUCUCACUGCAGCUUGCUGUCACCUCACCUCCAAAAACUUCCAUCAAGACGUCUGGAGCGACAGUCACCAUGACGGCCAUCAUCAAGGUGAUGGUUCUGCCUCCAGGUCAGCCUCCGGUCCAGCUCAGCAGCAUGACCAUGGAAACUACGUUUAAUGCCAAAGUUUCUAUGAAAGGAAAACGUCUGGCUGUUCGUGCUGACCUCCGCAGGUUUAAAAUCUUCUCCAACCAAUCAGCUCUGGAGUCUCUGGCACUGAUUCCUCUUCAGGCUCCCCUGAAAACCAUGCUGCAGAUGUCUGUGGUUCCUCUAAUCAACAACUGGACAAAGAAGGGUGUUCAGAUCCCUCUGGCUGAUGGGAUGGAUUUCGUUGAGGAGGUGGUUGAAUAUCAUAACGGUUUUAUUGUGAUUGGAGCGAAUCUUCACUUCAGCAAAGGACUGAGAGAAAUGAUCGCAGGGACCACCGAGAGAGAAACCAACAACAUCUAAAUAAUGCAAAGUACACACAUGCAGCAGUGAGUGUGUACUGGUGGUGCUGUGUAUGAGACAGACACAUUAUGUGAAGUGACACUGUGACAAUGUAACUGCAGGUGUUUUCAGACAGUGACUGGCUGCUGCCGUCAGAGUUCAUGAUGGUUCAACCUUGCUGCUGACAUGCCAUGUAACCAUGGCAACCACAGGGAAACAUAUGGGAAUAGAUUUUACAGGUGUCUGAAUGACUGUAAACAACAUUUAUGUGUCAGCAAAACCUAUUGUAUUAAUUAAUGAUGUAAUGCUAACCUUGAGCUCUAUUCUAACACAGGAAGUAUUGUGUAACAGUGUGUGGGCAGAGGGGUGUGGCAGCUGUGGGAUAGAGGAGGCUGGGAAGUCAGACUGAGUCCACAAUAGAGCAAGGUUUAAGGUAUCUUUAUGAUCCCCGGGGGGUAAUUUGAUUCACAGUCAGUAGUAUAAACAGUCAAACACACAACACUAGCGACAAUCAUUUCAAGUGUCACUUAGAAGACUGACGGCAACAGGAACAAAUUAUUUUCUGAACCUGGUCAUUUGCCCUCGCUCUGCACUGCCCUGUUGGCUUCUCCAUCAUCUGUUACUUCAUUGUACUGUAACCUUCAUGUGACACCUGUAUGUGAUGAUUGUGGUUCUAGGUUCCUCAUCAUGUAACUGUGCUGAGUAAACUAAAACUAAA